UGGAGGGAAACCCCGUGGACUCGACAUUCAGACCGGUUGUGAGAGAAGCAGCUGUGUAACGUAGCUAGCGAGCCACACCGACAAGACCACUAGCCCUUUGCACUCAGUCCUGAGUAGCCAUGGUUGACAAGAGCGAGGUGGUUCAGAAGGAGCUGGUCCAGAAGGCCAAGCUGGCGGAGCAGGCCGAGCGCUACGACGACAUGGCGGCCUCCAUGAAGGCCGUGACGGAGGAAGGCACCCAGUUGUCCAACGAAGAGCGGAACCUCCUCUCUGUGGCCUAUAAGAACGUGGUGGGCGCUCGGCGUUCCUCCUGGAGGGUGGUGUCCAGCAUCGAGCAGAAGACUGAGGGCAGCGAGAAGAAGCAGGCCAUGGCCAAGGAGUACAGGGAGAAGAUAGAGAAGGAACUGAAGGAGAUCUGUAACGAUGUGCUGGGUCUUCUGAGCCAGUUCCUCAUCCCCAAUGCUACUCCGGCCGAGAGCAAAGUGUUCUAUUUGAAAAUGAAAGGAGAUUACUACCGCUACUUAGCCGAGGUGGCGGUCGGAGAGGAGAAAGCCG